AUGGCAACAAUCCUAUCGUUGUUAUCUUCGGGAACACAAGCGAAAGGAUUUGAUGUUAUUGGACAUAGAGGAGCUCCAAACCUAAGACCCGAACAUUCCUAUGAAUCGUAUUUAUUAGCUCAGCAGAAUGGAGCUGAUUAUAUUGAAUUUGAUGUGAUGCCAUCAAAAGAUGGUAUUCUGAUGUGUACACAUAGCUUUGAAUUGGACGAAGUAACAAAUGUUGCGUCGGUAGCAAAAUUUGCAGAUAGAAAAAAGACAAAAACUGUGGAAUUCAAAACUUACACCGGUUGGUUUAUUGAGGAUUUUACCGCUGCUGAAUUACAAGAAUUAAGAUUGAAAGAAAGAUAUCCCAACCCUAGAGGAACAAAGUUUGAUACUCUCUUUGUGAUGCCUACACUUGAAGAAGCUAUUCGUUUUGUGAAUGCAAUCACUCCUUCUUCAAUUACAUUGUCAAAUCAAAAAAUCAAAUUAUACAUUGAAACAAAGCAUCCAAAAUACUUUGCUAAUGUUCUGAAUGUUGAAGUGAAUCAAUUAUUAGUGAAUGAGCUUUCAAAGUUUGAAUAUUUGGAAUGGACCAUGUUCCAAAGCUUUGAAUCCACAAGUUUAAUAGCAAUUAGAAAAAUACUGCAAGAUCGUAGUAUUACUCCACUCGGAUAUGUCAUGCUGGUUGAUGUUAAUAGAACACAAUUUGACACAAAUCAACCAUACUCUGAGUAUUUAACAGAGGAAGGAAUUCGAAAGAUUGCCAACUUUGGAGGUACUGGAAUAGGCCCACACUACUCACUUGUUACGAAAGAAUGGGUUGAAAAAGUGCAUGCCAAUAACCUGAUUACUCAUCCCUACACGUUCAGAUCCGAGCCAUACUUUAUGCAAAAGACCCCAUAUUCUAGUUUUAAGGACAUGGUUACGACAUUUAUCGAAAUUGGUGUUGACGGUAUUUUCACAGAAGACCUUAUCCAAACACGAGAAAUUCUUUCCGAGUAUCAAAACAAUGGAAUUAGAAACGUCAUUAUGGCAUUGACUAUCAUUGCUAUUGCGAUAAUAGCAAUUGUGACUAUUGCGUCAGUUGUGACAGCUUGCGUUUUCAAGAGAAGAAAGCAGUUUGCUUCUUCGACUUUGCCUGAAACAGUCUCGUCUCAGCAACAUCUCACAAAGAGCAGCAAUGGCAAAGUCUAUGGCAUUGAUGAAUCUGCAGAAUCCGAUCAAGCUCGUUUAAUACCAAACAAACAAUAA